AGAUCAAUAGUCGGGAAGACUACCGUACCUUAAAACACUCGGUAAUAAAUCCUGAGCUUGCAAUUGGAGGCUGUUUAUGAUAAGAUUUUUCUCUAAUAGCGAGGCUUUUAUAACUUAAAACGGUCACGUGAUGGUGAAAACAGGAUUUCUGUUGCUGUUUUCCCUUACAUUGUUUGUUUUCGACGUGAGAGUUCAGGGCAAUUCAUCGUGCAAACUUGAUCAGAUGACAAUCCGUGAUCCAGUAACUGGUUCGAUUCAGUGCCAAGACUGUCUUAAAUGCCCACCUGGAGAGGGACUUUCAGUCAAUUGCGGGGACGUGAUAACCCCUUCAACACCAGUGCAGUGCAAACCAUGUGUGCUAGGAGAGACGUUUUCUGCUUCCUUCAAUGCAGCAGCUUGUGAAGACUGUGAAAAUUGCGGUGAGUACCGUGAAACGACGAAAACCUGUACGGUGACUUCCAAGGCUAAGUGUGGAAGGUGCAAACCUGGUGCGUAUGCCGAAGGCAUGCUUGGACUGUGCAAGCCCUGCUCUCCGUGCUGUAAUGAUGGUAACGAUAUAAUUAUACCGGAGUGUCAAGUUUCAGGUGUACUAACAGGCAUGCAGUGUAGCUACCUGCGAUCUGACAAGUGCAGCGCACUGAUGACUUCAAGUAUGAGCACGAUGCAGUCAACCCCUCUACCAGACCAGUCCACGACCUCCUGGCGACCAUCCCCUUCAACAAUCAGCACCGAAGUAAUCUCUUCUUCAAGUGAGCCAGUCUCCAGCCUGAUUGGAGACGCCCCGCCAAAUAUAGGCAUCAUAGCUGGUUCUUUUGUGGGCGGUCUCUUUGUUGUCAUCACGAUCUUCGUCAUCGCGUGCCACAAAGUUAUGCGUAAACGCCGAAAGGCCCCGUCGAUAAGGAUUGGUGUGGUUACGGUGGAAAACAGAGCUGGCCAGGCGCAAAAUCACCAACACGGUAAUAAUAAAAUACAAACAGGAGAUAGAUUCUCUCUGCCACCCGAAGUUCCGUACGAAGAGAGCCCACUUCCACUUCCCAUUCAGGAGGAGGCUGGUGAUAACAAUCCCAAAAAAAUAGGAAUGCAAGAGACCGCGUCUCCUUUAUCACGCCAGAGUUGUUUAGAUUCUAAAUUUGACGGGUCUGUGAUGAAGCAGUGUACUGAAUCGUCUAAAAAGCGAGCAUACAGUCCCCCCAAUGUUGUUACCAGGAAGACCACUAUCACGAUGUCCAAAGUCACAGAUGAGGAGGUCACUCCGUUUGAAAACAGCAAUCAGCUCCUUUAAAUUAUGUAACAGCCCGAUAAUUUUUGCUCGGUAGCCUCGUUUAGUGACAGAGAAAUCAGGACAUAUUAACUACUUUGGUCACUCUUAUUCCAAGAUUCUUUGUUCUAUUGAUUGCAUGUAACCAAUUACGCUUCCGUAAAGAUCUUCAGCUAUUAGCAUUUUCUUUUAGCAGCCAGAGACUUAUGAGUAAUUUCUGUGGUGCAAUAUAGGCAAGCGAAAGAAUUUGAGCAAAUCCUUAAUAGAGAAAUCAUUAAGGGACCGGUCAUUUUUUAUUGGCUUUGGGGGAGUGUCAGAGGAUCUUAGUAAUGUUAAGAUAAAAUUUAACUGUCCUCUUCCUAAGGCUUUCUAAUGUAGUUACGAUACCUCUGUCGGAGAAUUUGUCUUUCGUGCGUGACACAUUUCAGAUGAAGAGUGUAAACAUUAUGUCAACUAGAAGCACCGCCUGUAGUGAUUUUAGGACAUUGAUCGGUUUACAUGAUCGACGCAAGCUUGAAUGACCUUUUAAAUCAGUACUUAACAACAACAAAUCACAGUGUAAAGAAUAUCGUAUAAGAGAGGGAUUUCUUACAAAUGUUGCAGAGUAGCUUUUUACACAGCCAUUGUAAAUAAGCGAAUACGGGGGUAGAAUAAAAUAGU